AUGUAUUAUCUAGGUCAUGUCUGCCGAAUUCAGCCACAUGUUGUUAAGCUUCAUCAUCAUCGAUCACGAGGAAAACUUCGUCCAUCGAUAACAACAAAGUCAUCAUCGAUCUCUAUUCUUCAUGUAACUAUAAGAUCACAAAAUAAUACUCAUACCGCACAGAAACAAUCUAACAAUGAACAGAUACAAUUGCAACUCAAUUCCGCACAACGUUCAAAGGAUCUGAUCCGUUCUGUUAAUGUCUACAGAAAAGUUUCAGUUUCUCAAUCAUUCCUAAAAAACAAAGUUGAACCUAAAAAAAGUAUUGACUCAUUUAAAGACCCGAUCAAAUCUGAUAUACCGCCUGAUGAUGAUUUAUAUCAAGCUAAUAAAAACCUUGAUCAAACAACUCUGCAAAUUGGAGACUUUCUUGGAAACAAAUUACCAAAUAGUAUCAAUAAUGAUUCUGAAAUAAAUAAAAAUUAUCCAGGCAAUGUAACACCAGAUAAAUUGUUUAUGAUGAAUGAUGUCCGUAAACGAAAAUUUAAAAAUCAAUUACGAACAAGACAGAACUGCGAAAAACUUCACUAUAAUGUAUCUGCAACACAAUCGACUGGUGCCUCCUCAUCAUCAAAUCAAUAUGAAACUAGAAAAACACUAAGAGAAUCAAACAAACAACAGCAGUCUCAAAACACAGUGACAUCAGCAUCGGAUAUCCUAGCUGAUGUACAACAAGAAUCUGGAGAUGGUAAAACUGAUGAUAGAGAAGAAAAAGCAAUUCGUAAUGCUGUAUUUACGAAACUCUUACAGUUAGUUAUUGAAGGUAAUACUUCUACCGAUGAUAACAAUGAGGAAUUUCAUAAAGUACGCUGUGGAGCAUGUGGUUCCCAUCCAAUUAGAAGUGAUCGAUAUAAAUGUUUAAAUUGUGAAAAAUUAAAUUUAUGUGCACAAUGUUUUGAACGUCGGAAAGAAUCUAGAAACCAUAAGAGCGGACAUACAUUUAUUCAUUUUAAAUCACCUAACGAAUUAUUUGGUCGAUCUGUGACAGAUGAUGAUGUAACAUUCAAUAAACUUCGAGAAUUGUAUAAAGAUGAUGUACAUGAAUCAAUCAGUUGUGAUGGUUGUCAUUCUCCAGCUAUCAAAGGCUUACGAUUUAAAUGUGAUACAUGUUCAAACUAUGAUCUAUGUGAACAGUGUUUAAAAGCUGGUACUAUUACUCAAACACAUGAGUCUACUCAUCCACUUAUUGUUAUAUCGCGUCGAGCGAUUCAUCAAAUUCCAGCAGAUGAUAUUGAACUUGGUGAUGAAUUAGGAAGAGGCGCAUUUGGUUCAGUACAUAAAGCGAAAUGGUUAUCAAAAAAACGUGUUGUUGCAUGCAAAGUGAUUCUCGUACCUAGAACAAGUAAUGCUGAAAUACUUCAAAAAAGUUUUUUAAAAGAAAUAGCUGCUUAUGCUGAACUAUCUGGGGCUUAUAUUCUUAAAACUUAUGGUUUUGCAGUAGCUAGGAAUGAAAAAGGCAAAAUAUUUAUGCUUAUUAUGGAAUUUAUGUCUCGUGGAAGUCUUAAAAAUCUUAUUCAAGAGAAAGGAAAUAAAAUAUCUUUACGACGAAAACUUGAUAUGGCAAUAAAUAUUGCUAGUGGAAUGCGAAAAAUUCAUGAACAUAAAAUGAUUCAUAGAGAUAUUCGACCAGAUAAUAUUCUUAUUAAUGAAUAUUAUGUUGCUAAAAUUGGGGAUAUGGGGAUUGCUCGAACUAUUGAUCCUUUAAAUCAACAUACACAAAUUGGAUGUCAACCGUAUAUGCCCCCUGAGUUUUACAGUGGUACCUACGAUCAAAAACUUGAUAUUUUUACAUUUGGAUUAACAUUGAACGAGCUUUUUACUUCAACAAGACAUAUGUUUCAUCAAUUUGCUAAUACAAAAAUAGCUUUUCAAGAACAAAGUCCUAUCUUUGCUGAUUUAAUCGCUCGAUGUACAACUGAUGACCCAAAAAGACGUCCAACAGCUAUUGAAAUUGAAAAAACUCUUGAUCUAUAUAUUACUGGUUUCAACGAAAUUAUUCUUAAGAAACAUCCCAGUUAUAUAAAUUUAUCUACUGAAGAUAAAGACGAAAUCUUUGUUGCUUUCCAUGAAAAAUUUCAUCCACCAGCAACAGAAUUUAUUCGAAAAAAAUUUCCAUCGGAAUUUCUUGAACAUUUAACAGAUGUACCCGGUGUCAAAGUGGAUAAGAAUGUCAAUAACGAAAUACGUAUAGAAUGUCCUGUUCAGUAA